UAUGUGAAUCUAUUGGGUCAUUUUAAAAUAAGUAUCAACGUUCACAAUUUUGUAUACCUUUGAAGUUAUCAACUGCCCAAUCGAUAUGGAAUUUCAUUCAGCAAAUCAAAUGGAUAAAAAACAUGAUGCAUAUUGUUGGAAGUGUUGCGGGAAGGAAACCACUUUGAAAUGUUCAACAUGCAUUCGAUCAUUCCACAUUGGUUGUAUGACAAAUGAAAAUGGUGUAGACGUUAAACUUCCUAUUGAUGCUGCCGAUAAUUGGUGCUGCUUCGUCUGUAAUAAAUUGAAAACGUCCAAAAAUACGAAAAUUGAGUUGAAACGUAUACCAAUCAUUAUUCAUCGAGUGUGGAAGUCGGAAUAUGUAGGCUUGAAUAAGAAAAAGAAUCGAGGUGCAAAACGAAUGAAAUUGGUUGCAAAUGUAGCAGAAGAUAUUUUUUGCGCUAGUGAUGAUAUUUUGAAUCCGAUUGAUCUGCCGAAAAUACGAGCAAAAGCCAAUUCAUAUACCAGCCUCGACGAAUUUUAUGCAGACGUCCAGUGGUUUGUUCAUAACUGUGGCAUAUUUUUUGGAGAUAAUCACUAUAAGAUGACAUGCGCGAAAAAACUACUAAAAUCCGUUUCGGCUGAAAUUGAAAGUGUAAAAAAGUGUGUGGAGUGUCAUAUUAAUGCGAAUCAAAAAGACACACGACCCCGUUGGUUUACGAUGGUUUGUAAUAUGCCUCAUCUCAUAAUUUGGGCGCAUGGAAAGAAUACGCGAUAUUGGCCGGCGAAACUGAUGUCAGUCGAUGGGCAAACUGUCCACGUUCGGUACUUUGGCAACGAUCGUAUAAAUGAUAAUGUACCCACCGAUAAAUGCUUUUUAUACUCUGAGAAAAGCCCAGGGAAGGCUCAAAACGCGAAAGUAAACGAUGCGAAAUACAAAUUAGCGCUUGAGGAAGCGGAACAGUAUAUCAAGAAUCUUCGCGAAAAGUAUGGAUCAUUUGAACUUGAAGAACCAAGAACACCAUUCGAUCCGGCCUUAUUCAAUGACUACAUUCUGAAAUUAACCUCACGAAUUAUAACGUCUCCAGGAGUAUGGCUGCCCCAAAUCAUGAUGAAAAUGAAUGCGAUUCAGAUGAGGAAUUAAUGGCACCAAAUUUGUCUGCUGUGUCGUGUAAACAAGAACCAUCGAUAAGUAUGGAGGAUGUGGAUGUGACUUUUGGUGAACCAAGUACCGGGCGAUUCGAAAACGAUGAGGACGAUUCAAGAGGAAAUGGUGAUAUCGAUGAAAAUAUGGA